AUGAUUCUUCGCAACAAGAUUUUCAAUAUUUUCAUCAAAUUUUCUCUUCUACAUUUCGUUCUCGCGCAAAAUAAGAGUCGCGACGGUUCGCGCGCAGAUUCCAAUGGUGCAGAAUGUCCGAAUCCGGGUGAUUUCCCAUUAUUUGGUCCUAGUUCAUGUAUUUCUCGAGAAGCAUACACAGCUAUCUUUCUAACGAGUAUCAUUCUUGCAGGUGUUUCAUUUCUUCUGCUAAUUGGUUUAUCAAUCAUCUUUUGUCUCCGACGUUCGAAAAGUUCUCGCGCAACAGAUUCCGACGGCGGAAUGUCAAGUCGCACCAGUUCAGCUAGUCAUUCAUCAAUUAGUAGAAUAGGCACGCCACCACGAACUAGAGAAAGUCAACACGAACGCAAACAUCAUCAACAAAGUUCAAGUGCUUAUUACGGACACACUACAGUUCCAGACUCCAGUGCACCGUAUACAGCAGCAAAGCCUGUUUCGAAACAACCAAUUUCCACAAAAGUAACAACUGUAGUUCACACGGCAGCCAGCGUUCAUGAGAUGACGUCGCAUCGGGCUGAAAAACCUUCGCGUCAAAUAACAAGCAAACAAAUUGAUCGUGAGAGAAAGACUCGUUACAGUAAUGAUUCAUCACAAGAUGGCAAUAUUUCAUCGCAAUUUUAA